AUGAAGCGCGCGUCCCCGGUGAGUAACAUCCUCAAGCGUGGCACCAACGCCAUCAUUCCCCUCACCCGCAGGAGGGGCAGACGCGGCACAGAGGGGCGCUACUUCUUCUCAACCAAACGGGUCUCUUAUCCUACGGGGGAAGAAGCGAAUGCCCCAAAGAUUGUAACAUGUGAUCAUCCUCCCUAUAACACACGAUGUCGGGAUACACUCUCCACCCAUUUUGAUUCCACAAAGAGAAACAAAAAAUGGGAUGCAACAAAGAGCAAGGUAACCGAUUUAAAAAAAAGCAAAAUAAUAAACCUCAUCAAUGGAGUAAAACAUGUUGAGGAAACGAAGAACACCCCAGUUGUGGAUCUGCUAGUCGACAUAAUUCUACAGGUUCGAUAUGAUGAGGGGAGUAUCAUCCGAAUGAAGGAAAAACACACCAUCGGGUUCAUUUGGGCCAUGGCAAAAAUUGUUAAUCUUGUGGAAAUGAAGAAGCUGAUGACUGAACAGGUGGUCCUAAAUUGGAAGGCUCUCUUUAUCUACUUUGCGCACAUGUAUGUACGUCGUGCUAUGCAUUUGGGAGGUGCCAAAGGGAACGACGUGGACGUGCGGCAGUAUGUAUCCUCUGUCCUUUCCUUCCGGAUGGGGAAAGAUGACUUCACUAAAUUGUCCACCAAAGCGUUCUGCAACGCGAGUGAGUUUGCCAAUUGUUUGUUCGAGUGGGAAAAGAAGAGACACCGGGUAGGACAUCCCCCAAUGUGGGAAAACCACCCUGUAGGAACCCCACCCCGAGUGAUGAAGGAAACAACUUCCCCAAAUGACCUCUUCCGAAUUUUCAGCUCCUCCUGUAUUAGGGAAAUGGUCAUCUCUGUGCAGAGGUACAUCCUGCAGAGAAUUGAACGUCACCCUCUGGAUACAAAGACUAUCCUGAACUUCCUCGAAAUGGCUAGUCGAAAUUGGGAGGGGGAAUUCAAAGAAGCGAUAAUCGAACUACUGCUGAAAAAGCUGGAGGCUCCCCCAAAUCAGAUCCAUAAUUUUUCCAUUUUCAAAUUAUGUAGAUUUUUAAAUCUGACGGUGAAUUAUAACCUUCAGAGGGGCACAAUGGAAGAGGCACAUCUUCCGGUUAUCAUCGACUUGCUUCUGCGUGGGCAGGUUUAUCUACCCCAUGGAGAUUGUUACCGUUUUGACUUUUCCCCCCAGGGAGGUGGUUCCCACGAAGGGUUUGCACACGAAGAUGAUUCCUACCAAGGUUGUAGCCUUCAACGGAAAGGCAACCUCCUCGAUGCUAAAACAUUAUCUAACAAGGAAAGUGCAAGCAGAUGUAGUACGUGGCUUGUUGACGCUAACGAACGAGAUUUGUCUUCCCUCGUCAGGGACUUCUCCAGAUUGGAAGUCCGGAAUAAUCAGCUCUACAAAUUGCUCGUUGAUUGUUUUCUCCUGAAAUUGGAUUGUUGGCCUGUUGGAGGCUUGGUUUACCAAUUUGGCCCAGACAAAUAUACCGACCGGAAGGGUGAUUUGGUCUCUGCACACUGUGGCAGUAAAUGGGAGCGAGAUCGCCACUCUAGGGAAUCCGCCAAAUCGGAGUUGAAAUUGAAAGAAGUUAGCAUUUCCAGCAACAUUGGAGAAAACCCAAGUGAGGAUUCCCCCAGGAGUUACACAACCAAAGCGGAAAAACAGAACAGGGGUAUCCAGAACACUACUAGAAACAUGAACCUUGCAACGAAUGAGGAGAUGCGAAAUUGGGUGGAUAUUUUGGUGGGGCUAGCUAAUGCCAACUAUCACUACGAUCCCUUUGUUCAGUGUUUUAUUCAAAGGAUGGUCAUAAAAGGAGGAAACAUCUUCUUCAAAGUAAAUAACAUCCCCAAUGUUGUUCUCUCCUUGAGAAGCUUACUCACCCUGGGGUAUGAUCAAAUGGAUACAUUGUCCCAUUUUUUCGAUUUCUUAAGCCUGAAUUUUAGUCAUGUGGAGAUGAAACAACUGAUAAUGAUUUUUUAUGCAACGUAUUGCUACAUUGUGCAGAGGUACAACCGGGUGGGUUUGAAGUAUGUAGGGACUGGAAAUAUGCUUUUCUGCGCGACAGGAGGAGGUAUCGGCGGGAAAGUAGGUACAGAAAUUGGUACAAAAAUUGAUAUAGAAAUGGGUGCACCAGUCGGUGUAGCGACAGGUGCAGGGGGUGACUCAGGUGGACCCCAUUUUUGCGGGUGGGAGAACCCCCCGAUCGACGAUCCGUCUUUACAUACAGCACACAGAUUAACCAGGAUCGACGCGUGUGCCCCCUCCCCGCAUGAACAACUCGAAAAAGACAAGGCACACCUGUUUCAACAUCUGCACAAAUUGGAAGAAGCCAUAUUCCAUAGAAGGAACGAAAUCGACUCCAUGCAAGGAUUGGUUAAUUUUUUCUUCGCUCUCUCCAGUACUAUAAACACUCUAUCGAUUGAACUGUACGACUUUUUCUAUCAGUCGUUUUGGCGGAUACUAAAGGAGGAAAUGGGAGCGGAUGGGAAAGCUACAAAAGGGCGAAAUAUAGAGGACACGAUAAAACCCCAAACCGUUGUUCAGAUUUGCCUGUUACACUACAAAAACAACGUGGUGCAUAAGACACUUCUGUCAUAUUUGCUCUCCAUUCUGGAGACCCUGCCGAAGGUGGAUAUCCACUGUCUGUACCCCAUCACUUUUGUAUGUUGCCAUUUGAAUGUAAUAAACAUGACCUUCUUGAAUUUUGCCUUGCGUGUUCUUCUGGGGGAGAUGGCGAAAGGAGCACCUCAACAGAAAUCUGCCAAUGGUGCUAAUUCGGUUUAUCAGGUUAAUAGCGAUAACGUUGCUGACGGGAGCCGCCACAUCGGAAACGACCAUUAUGCCCAUCUUGGGGAAGGGUCAAAUAGACCCAGCGCUUACCGGAUAGCCCCUCCCACCGAAAAACACACGGAAGAAAUGCACCACCUGUACAGUAACAACGAACAUGACACAGUUAACAAGGUGGCCAAGUGCGCGUGGUCCCUACUUUUAAGUAACGCUUUCCUGGAAAGCUCUAUAAUAACCUUUGCCAAAAUGUGCAUCUUACUAAGGAGAACAUUUUCAACCAAAUUGGAUUGGAGAGAAGAGGACUACAACAUGCUGAAUCAAAUGUUAAUAUGUUUAAAUAUGUAUUACAAGAAAAAUAGAAGAUUUUUUCAUUUAAAAAAGAGACACCUUCCAAUUCCCCCCUCUUUUAAUAUUCCCUACUAUGUAGUUAAAGAAACGGUGAGAAGGAGCAAAAUGUGUUCCCAACAGAAAGUGCACAUGUCCAGCUUUCAGUACAAACUUUGCGAAUAUUUGAAGAAGAAAAAAAUUAUGUACAAGUCAGAAUAUUCCUUGAAGCGGGGUUUUGUGGUUGAUUUUGUGCUCUUGAAAAAGGGAGUGCCACAUCUUGUCCUGGAGGUGGACGGGAUUUACCAUUACAAUAUGUCAACCGAUGAGAGGAACUACGAGAUUGAACAUAACGGCAUGCGCUUGUCUCAUAAUGGAAGGACAGAGUUCCGAAAUAACGUCCUGCGAAUACUGUACGACUUGGAGUUUGUGUGCGUCCCCUGGUUUUUCUUUCUGCAGCCCAGGUCGUUCCAGCGCCUGGAGGGAUUGUUGUCUGGGAAGCCGUCUGAUUUCGCACCGUGUUACGAUGGAAGUAACGGAGCGUGCUGA